GGCACUCUGACAUCACUGCUGAAAGAGAAACUAAAAGGAGGAAAGGAGCGUGUGUUUUUACUUUACUUCACAGAUCUGAAAGAUUUAACAAAACCUACACACACCAGACAUGGCUUCUGCUAGUAGUCUAAUGGCUGAGGAUAAUUUCCUUUGUUCCAUCUGUCUGGAUGUGUUCACUAAACCUGUGUCAAUUCCCUGUGGACACAACUUCUGUCUUCACUGUAUCACAGACUACUGGGACAGUAACAAAACUAUAUUCCAAUGUCCACUGUGUAAAGAGGAAUUCUACAGCAGACCAAUGCUUCGGGUUAACACUUUCAUUGCUCAGAUAGCCGCAAAGUUCAAGACAUCUGUUAAAAAAAAAUCUUGCAGAGAAUCUUACGGUACCGUUGAACAAGCAGGAAAUGGAAAUGUGCUCUGUGAUAUCUGUACCGGGGCAAAGCUCACAGCCCUCAAGUCCUGCUUAGUGUGUUUCAUGUCUUACUGUGAAACACAUCUGGAGCCUCAUCAGAGAAUUUCGGCCUUGAAGAAACACAAGCUGAUCCACCCGGUUGAAAACCUGGAAAGCAGAAUAUGCAAAAACCAUGAUGAGCCUUUGGAGCUGUUUUGCAGGGUGGAUCAAAUGUUUGUAUGCGAGUCCUGUAAAAACAGUGACCAUAAAACCCAUAAGAUAGUGAGUCUGGAGGAGGAGGCUCAAAUGAGGAAGGCCCAGCUGGGAAGAGAAAUGAAAGACUCGGAGCAGAUGAUCCAGGCGCGUCAGCAGAAAAUCCAGGAGAUUCAACACUCAGUGGAGGCUAGCAGAAAUAAUGCAGGGAAAGCACUGUCAUACAGCACACAUGUGAUGACUGCUGUGGUGGACUACAUUAAGAGAAGCCAAACUGAGCUGACUGAGGUAAUUCAGACGAAGCAGAAAAUAAUUGAAACAGAGACAGAAGGCUUCAUUAAAGAACUGGAGGACGAAAUUAUGAAAAUAAAGCAGAACAACUUGCAGCUUAAUCUGGUCUCACUCACCCAUGAUGCCUUCAUAUUCCUUGAGAAUUUCCUUUCUCUCACCAUCACUCCACCCCAGGUUAAGGACUGGUCUGAUAUGACGAUUCCCAGUGACCAGUUUACUGUGCAGGGAGCCUUGACCAAGUUGGAGACAACAGUGAUGACAGAAAUAAGGAUGCUGUGUGAUCCUGGCUUUAAAGAAAUUCAGCGGUAUGCUGUGGAUCUGACUUUGGAUCCUGACACAGCAAACCCUUCUCUCAAUAUUUCUGAGGAUGGGAAACAAGUCACACAUGGAGACAGAAAGAGGAAACUCCCAAACAAACCAGAGAGGUUUGAUCAUGUCCUUAAUGUCCUUGCAAAGGAGGGUUUCUCCUCAGGAAAGUUUUACUAUGAGGUCCAGGUUAAAGGCAAAACCCACUGGGAUUUAGGAGUUGCAAACCAGUCCAUCAACAGGAAGGGCGAUAUAAGAUUGAGCCCUAAGAAUGGAUACUGGACGAUUUGGCUGAGAAAAGGAAAUGAGUUUACAGCCAAUGCCGGCCCUGCGAUUUACCUCCAUGUAAGGGAGAUGCCUCGAAAGGUUGGGGUGUUUGUUGAUUACGAGGAGGGUCAAGUUUCCUUCUAUGAUGUGGACGCCAGGGCUCACAUCUUCUCCUUCACCAAAUGUAACUUCACUGAGAAGCUCUUUCCGUUCUUCGGCCUUUGUGCUAAUGAUGGCAGCAAAGAUUCUGCCCCCUUGAUCAUUACUCCUGUCUAAUACAACAGCUGAGUUUUUGUUUUGUUUUCUGGGUUUGUGAAAGAAACAGGUUGAGGAACUUGGAGAGAGAUCACAAUAGUAGAACGCUGACAUCGGUUUUAUCUGUGAAACUCCACUGUGUUUCUCCCAUCAAUCAGUGUCAGUGCUGUAUGUCACUAUGUGUCGCCUGUCACACAGACAGCUGUAGAUCUCCAAAAGAGUCCCCAUGCAGCCAUCAGGACAUUCACUGCACGCACACACACGCACACACACACACACACACACACACACACACACACACACACACACACACACACACACACACAGACAAUUACAUACCUCUGUGGGACACUGAUACACCGAUACAUCUCCCUGGGUUAAAACAUUUUUUAAAAAAGAAAUCUUUAUGAUCUGGCUAUUAAUUUUAAUACUUUAAACUACUCAUUCCUGCUAACGUGGCCUACCAAUACCAAAGAUGGGUCACGUAGCAUUUACAAAUAUCUUAUAGCGUUUGUUUUGUGCUGCUUAGAAUGUCACAUAUCAGGACUGUUUACUUAUGACAUGAUGGAUUGGCUUGAUACCUAUAGCAGGUUCAGAUAACGAUUACUGUGUUUAAAAAUACUCUUUGACCUACAUGGGAUACACCUCAGGACAGCAUAUCCCCAGGUGACCCCUGCUAUAUCAGAAUCAGAAUCAGAAAUACUUUAUUGAUCCCUGAGGGCAAACUCUUUUGUUACAGCAGCUCACUAUCACCUCAAUGCACACAGAAAUAGAAGUACUAAGCAAAUCAAAAUAUAAUACACUAUAAUACAGGUAAGAUAAAUUAAGUACAAAGUGGAUAUAAGUAUGAAAGCUAAAUAAGUGUAAGUACAAAAGUGGAUUUAGAGGCUGACAGGUUGAUAAGUAUGCACGGUAUAAUAAUACAAUGUAAUAAAAUAAGUAAUAGUGCAAUAAUGACUACUGUCAAGUUAAGUGUAGCUUAUUAAGAUGAUUAUGAGAUGGUGGAUAUUGCACAGCAGUAAUAGAAGUAUGAAUAAAUAAAUAUCUGAAAAAGUAUAUUGCACAGCAGUAUUAAACAGAGAAUAUUGCACAAUUAUUUCAAGUAUUGCAGUGAUGUUAAUGGUCCAAUGUCCAGUUUAUCGACUUAAGGUCAUAUAGACUGACAGUGACACUAUACAACCUGCAAUGGAAAAUAUAUCAGCACUUUGGUGUAAUGACUUAACAGCAUACAGAAAAUAUUAAAAUCAAUUAAAUUAGUCGUAUUAUUCAGUUCUUCUAAUGUGGCUCUGGAUAAGAAUUAUUUUCUCCACAAAUUAAUGCUAUUCAUUUAAAAGGGUAGUUAUUGAAUGGAUCACAAUACUGGAACCUGACUGGCACAUAAUGCCAUGUCCUCUAAUUAAAAUUAGCCAAACCUGCAAGGUGCAGGCUUUCCAAGUUCAAACGCAGCAAAUCUGUCUGAUUAGGAGAGACUUAAGCAACUGUUUAUUGAGCAGAGCCAAUUAAAGUCUAUUUGUUUGUUGGUUUGUACCAUUUAAUUCAUUUCUUUUUUUAGAGUUGUGUAUGUUCUUUUUGGAGCAGCAUCAGUCGUGUUAGCUAGUGCCCCAAUUUGACAUAUGUUUACAUUCAAGUGACGAAGCCCUUUAGUGGCCAUAGCAAUUAUGACAAGAGCAAAGGAAGAACGUAGGUAGCUUUGUUAUAUAUAAUGACAAAGUCUGCAUAGGGAGGAGGUUGGGGUGGAUGGAUAGGUCAACAAAACGUACUUUAACACAGGAAACCGCUGCUUAAAGCAUGACCACGAUUGUUCCCAAAUCUUAACCAUGUUUAUUAUUGUAACUAUCCCCUAACCUUAACAAAGUACUUAUUUUAACCCAAACCAUGAUGUCGUCCUGUCGAUAGAGGGGUCAGAUCAGAAAACUCUUAACUCUCUUAAAUGAGGUUGUUAUAAUCUCAUCUGGACAUAAUGUAGCCGAAGAACUUUAGGAGACGGAAAGACUGGAGCCGGUCAGAUUGGCCCAGUGAAUGCUGUAUCAUUAAGAUGCUAGAGCUGAGAGACCAUACACUGGACAAAUGAGUGCGUGGAGCUGAUAAAAACCAUGUACUGUAUCUCCAUAAUGUCUAUAAAUAACAAUCACCUGAUAUAUAGCUGUAAAGUAAAUAUCUUUGACUUUUGGACUGGUUUUGAAGACGCCACUUUGAGUUCUGACAAAUUGUGAUGGCCAUUUUCAAUUUUUUCUUUUUAUUGCUGUUUUAAAUGAUCAAUUGUAAAAAUAUUAAACAGAUUGUUUGAUAAUGAAAAUGCAGCCUUAGUCUGUAUACUGUACUUCACAUGUGUUGGAUAGACUAAAAAGUAUCUGAUAUCGACUGUCUGAUGCCUGAACGAAAUGCAAUGAGGGGAAAAAAAUAAAGGUGAUUUAGGAAGUUGCAAACAGUAA